AUGCCAGAGGAGUCAUACUCAGAAGAAAUGAAGAUUAAUCCAGACAAGCCCGUUAAUGUUGACAAUUAUCGCAAAUUGGUUCGCUCCUACUUGGAUCUGCACUUGUACACAUCAGCUUUGUUCUGGGCUGAUAAAGUAGUUUCUCUGAGUGAUGGGGAGCCAGAAGAUGUCUAUUGGUUAGCUCAAUGCAUGUUUUUAUUGAAGCAAUAUCAUCGUGCUGCUUUUUUGUUGAAGAAUAAAGGCCUUCACAAGACUCAUCUUGUUUGCCGUUACCUUGCAGCAAAGUGCUUGCUUGAAGCUAAGGAGUACAAUGAAGCAUUAGAACUAUUAAGUUGUGACGAGAGAGAAUCAAACUACUCAUCAGGUAGUUCAGGGAUUACAGAAUCAAUAAAUUCCUUGUUGGACCAGGCUGACAAUACAAUAAAGGGGUUCCCUGUUCCCAGUCUUCAUAGUGCUGUGCUCUACCUUAAAGGAUGUGUUUAUGAAGCACUCGACAAUCGUAGCCUUGCAUCAGAAUGUUACAAACAGGCAUUAAAACGAGAUGUAUUUUGUUUUAAUGCUUUCCAGUCAUUAGUUCAACACCAAAUGCUUACGGCAUGGGAAGAGAAUGACUUAAUUUCUUCUUUACCAAUAACAGAACAAUGUAAAUCUAAAGAUGAUGAAUGGCUGGUGCGUAGUGUAUAUGAGAGCCUUCUUAAAAAAUAUCAUUCAGUACCUCCAAGAUCAGUGGUUCAGACUCAUCCAAGAUUGAAAGGAAAUCUUGAUCUACGGGUUGCAGAAGCUGAGAGACAUUAUUAUGCUUGUAAUUACACUGAAUGCUUCAGGAUAACUCAAGAAAUUUUGGAAGAAGAUCCAUACCACACUACAUGUCUUCCCAUACACAUUGCUGGCCUUGUUGAACUGAAAAAAACAAAUGCUCUCUUCUAUCUUGCUCAUGACCUUGUGGAUAUUAGACCUGACCUAGCUGUGUCAUGGUUUGCUGUUGGGUGCUAUUAUUUUUUAAAAGGUAAAACUGAUCCUGCUAGGAGGUAUUUAGGAAAGGCAACCUCCCUAGACCGUUUGUUUGGCCCAGCUUGGCUUGCCUAUGGCCAUUCAUUUGCAAUAGAAAAUGAGCAUGAUCAAGCCAUGGCAGCUUAUUUUAAAGCUUCACAGCUCAUGAAGGGGUGCCAUCUUCCAUUAUUAUAUAUAGGCCUGGAAUGUGGCCUAACUAACAACAACAGAUUAGCUGAGAAAUUCUUCAGUCAGGCUCAAACGAUCGCUCCAGAUGAUCCAUUCGUUUUACAUGAAAUGGGGGUCACUGCAUUUCAGAAUACUGAUUAUAAUGAAGCUCUGAAGUAUUUUGAACAAGCACUGGAAAGGGUACGGCAGAUCAAUGAACCAUUAAUUGCAGACAAAUGGGAGGCACUUUUUAAUAACUUAGGCCAUACCUGUCGCAAACUACGGAGAUUUGACAAAGCAUUAGAAUAUCAUCAGCAGGCAUUAGUACUUUCCCCGCAGAAUGGUUCCACUUUAUCAGCCAUUGGUUUUGUACAAGCACUGAUGGGAAACCUAGAGAAAUCAGCUGAAUCGUUCCAUAAAGCUCUUGGUAUCAGAAGAGAUGAUGUAUUUUCAACCUCAAUGCUAACCAUUGUGCUGGAGCACCUAGUUGGGGAAUCUCCACCAUACACAGGCGAAGAUGCUCCUGGAGUUGAUUGCCCAUCCCUUCUGGAAAUGAAGCCAGAGAUUCCGGAUGCACAGAUUUUAAUUAACAGAACACCUCCUCGUAUUGCUGAUGAAAUGGAUAUGACGGACAGCUUUCAGGAUGAAAAUAACUCCUAA